AUGCUCGUUUUCGAACAGCCUCCAGUGGCGCCUCCCCCGCUCGGCGGCGACAAAGCGGACCGUUUUCUGCCGGAGGUAACUGCUCCCCUGCCGGCGGCCGUCAGCCCUGCAGUGACGGCGCAGAAGGAUAUCGCGUCGCUCAUGCUGGGUUGUCUUCACAGCGAUUCGCUGAACUCGACGCUGCUACAGCGGUUCGGACCUCAAACAGCCGAGCCUACGACGAUUGGGAGGUCAAAGCCUGAGGUUGGGUUGGGGUUUCCAAGCCUGAGGGAUUCUGUUUCUCGGGAGGUGGGGAUUGGGGUGAGAAGGACACCGGCGGCGGAUGCAGCGGUUAUUGCUUGGCUGGUCGAGCGACUGCAAGAAGCCCAGAAGCGGGCGGAUAGCGAGAGUAAGCGAGUGGCGCAUCUGGAGCGGCAGGUGGCGCUGAUGCUGCGCGAGAUGGGGGAGGCGCAGCGCCUGGUGGCGGGGCUGUCGCGCAAAAACGCGGAGCUGCAGGGGGAAAUGGCGCAGCUGAUGCUGGCGCACAUGGUUGUUGGGCUGGCGGAAGCAGGAGCAGGGGGGCUGGAGCUAGGGAACCGGGGUGAAGGGGUAGGAGAAGCUGGAGGGAUGGAAGAAGGGAGAGGAGACAGCGAGGAGGUUAUUCAGCCGUCCAGUCGUCAUUCAUAG